GUUUGACAAAACUAAAUUUCUGAUAAUAAGUUUUGCUGCAUUUGCAGCGUUAAACAAAACGUUUUUAUUUUAUUGAAAGUUAAAGGAAAAUUAUCCUUUAAAAUGGAUGAAUUAAAGAUUCUAGAACAUCUUUCCUUGGUAUCGAAAAUCUGCACGGAAUUAGACAACCAUUUAGGCAUCAACGACAAAGAUUUGGCUGAGUUCAUAAUCGAUUUGGCUGAAAAGAAUAGGACUUUCGAUUCCUUUAAAAAAGUUCUUCUUGAAAAUGGGGCAGAGUUUCCAGAUUCUUUUGUUACGAAUUUGCUGCGUAUUAUUCAAUUGAUGAAACCUUCAGACAACUCUGAUGUGGAAACCAAUAUAGUGGGUGACAAAAGAAGCAAAUUGACUCAACUAUUCCCUGGACUUGCCAUUCCUAAUGAAAAAGUUAGAUCAGAUGCAGAGGAUGAUGAAGACGAGGAAGAAAAUGACGAAGCGAAUAACACGGACACAAUUGUGGACGAUGCUAUGGCAGAACUGGAAGCGUUAGCACCCAGUAACCUUGCAAAACAAAAGGAAACAAAGAUUGAGAAAAAAUCUUCACGCAGAAGCACAACCAGAUCCAUUUCACGUGAUCGCACGCGUGAAAAAUCACAAAGCCGCUCAAGAGACAGAGCAAAGAGACACAGGAGUAAGUCAAGAGACCGAAGACAAAGAAGCAGGUCGAGAGAUAGGAAGAGGAGUAGGUCGAGGAAUCGUAGGCGAAGUAAAUCGAGAGAUAGAAACCGAAGUAGAUCUAAAGAUCGACGCCGAAGCCGUUCGAGGAACAGGCGCAGUCGAUCCCGCGAUAAAAACCAAAAGAGCAAAAAUAGAGAUAAAUCUAGAGAACGAAAGUCGCGCCGCAGCUCGUCAAGAGACCGCCAUAGAAGUAGACGUUCGAGAUCCACAGAUCGUCAUAGAAGAAGCGACAGAGAUCGGAGUCAGCAAAGGGAAAAGCGACGCAGUCCAACUCCAAUGCCUGAUGACCCUGAGCCUGGAAAGGUUUACACAGCUAAGGUGGCAAAUAUUGUGCCAUUUGGGUGUUUUGUUCAAUUGUUUGGCUUGCGCAAACGUUGGGAAGGUCUAGUUCACAUAUCACAAUUACGUUCGGAGGGCCGUGUGACUGAUGUAACAGAAGUAGUGAACCGAGGUUCAAUGGUUAAAGUCAAGGUCAUAUCGAUUACCGGCCAAAAGGUAUCUUUGUCUAUGAAGGAAGUCGAUCAAGUUUCUGGUGAAGACUUGAAUCCUUUGUCUCAUGCUCCAACUAAAGAUCAAGAUCUAAGAGAUCGAAAUCCAGAUCGUCCGAUUGGUGGAACAUCAAUGCUACAAUUGCAAGGAAAUGUUGACAACGAAGAUGACGAAAGUCGUAAAAGGGUUACCCGAAUAUCCAGCCCUGAAAGAUGGGAAAUCAAGCAAAUGAUCUCCUCGGGAGUUAUAGACCGCAGUGAGUUGCCCGAUUUUGAUGAAGAAACUGGUUUGCUACCAAAAGACGAAGAUGAUGAAGCUGACAUUGAAAUCGAAAUAGUCGAAGAAGAGCCACCAUUUCUUGCAGGCCACGGAAGAGCUUUGCAUGAUCUGUCACCUGUUAGAAUCGUCAAGAACCCCGAUGGUUCACUAGCACAAGCAGCCAUGAUGCAGUCGGCUUUGGCUAAGGAGCGCAGAGAACAAAAAAUGCUUCAACGUGAACAAGAAAUGGACUCAAUACCGACAAGUUUAAACAAAAACUGGAUUGAUCCUUUACCAGAAGAGGAUAGUCGCGCCCUUGCUGCCAAUGUUCGUGGUGUUGGAUUAGCUCCUGUUGAGGUACCUGAGUGGAAAAAACACGUUAUUGGUGGUAAAAAGUCGUCAUUUGGAAAGAAAACAGACAUGACACUUGUUGAACAACGACAAUCGCUUCCUAUUUAUAAACUUCGAGAUGACUUGAUUAAGGCUGUAACUGACAACCAAAUUCUUAUUGUCAUUGGUGAGACUGGAUCUGGCAAAACUACUCAAAUAACACAAUACUUGGCUGAAUGUGGAUUUACUGCUCGUGGGAAAAUUGGUUGCACACAACCGCGUCGUGUUGCUGCAAUGUCUGUGGCUAAACGCGUCGCAGAAGAAUUCGGUUGUCGACUAGGACAAGAAGUGGGUUAUACAAUUCGUUUCGAAGAUUGUACAAGUCCUGAAACUGUCAUAAAAUACAUGACAGAUGGUAUGCUGCUACGUGAGUGUCUUAUGGAAUUCGACUUAAAGUCUUACUCAGUUAUUAUGUUGGAUGAAGCUCACGAGAGAACGAUUCACACUGAUGUGCUCUUUGGCUUACUUAAAACUGCUGUUCAAAAACGUCCAGAAUUGAAACUCAUCGUAACUUCAGCAACUUUGGAUGCUGUAAAGUUUUCUCAGUAUUUCUUUGAAGCACCUAUAUUUACUAUUCCUGGCAGAACGUUCCCUGUUGAAGUCCUAUACACAAAGGAACCCGAAACAGAUUACCUUGAUGCAUCGCUGAUAACCGUAAUGCAAAUUCACCUAAGAGAGCCACCAGGCGAUAUUCUUCUGUUUCUCACUGGUCAAGAGGAAAUCGAUACAGCAUGUGAGAUACUAUACGAACGCAUGAAAAGCCUCGGUCCGGAUGUACCUGAAUUGAUAAUACUGCCAGUCUACUCUGCAUUGCCAUCAGAAAUGCAGACUAGAAUUUUCGAUCCUGCGCCGGCAGGAAGUCGCAAAGUUGUAAUUGCGACAAACAUUGCAGAAACAUCUCUCACCAUUGAUGGAAUAUAUUAUGUCGUAGAUCCUGGCUUUGUGAAACAAAAAGUAUAUAAUUCAAAAACCGGAAUGGAUUCUUUGGUGGUAACACCAAUUUCUCAAGCAGCUGCUAAACAAAGAGCAGGGCGUGCUGGUCGUACCGGUCCUGGCAAGACCUACAGAUUAUACACAGAACGUGCCUAUCGUGAUGAAAUGUUACCAACUCCAGUUCCGGAAAUACAGCGUACCAAUCUGGCGACUACUGUUUUGCAGCUUAAAACUAUGGGUAUCAACGAUUUACUGCAUUUUGACUUUAUGGACGCUCCUCCAGUAGAAUCAUUGGUAAUGGCCCUAGAGCAACUUCAUUCACUCUCGGCACUCGAUGAUGAAGGUCUUCUUACACGACUAGGUCGACGAAUGGCUGAAUUCCCCCUUGAACCAAAUCUCUCCAAAAUGCUAAUUAUGUCGGUGGCCCUGCAAUGCUCAGAUGAAAUUCUGACUAUAGUGUCCAUGUUGAGUGUGCAAAACGUAUUCUACAGACCAAAGGACAAGCAAUCAUUGGCCGACCAAAAAAAAGCUAAAUUCAACCAAGCCGAAGGUGAUCACUUGACACUUUUGGCUGUCUAUAACAGUUGGAAAAAUAAUAAAUUUUCGAACGCCUGGUGUUACGAGAAUUUUGUCCAGAUAAGAACCCUCAAACGAUCACAGGAUGUACGCAAACAGUUGUUGGGUAUUAUGGACAGACAUAAGUUGGACGUUGUCUCGGCUGGUAAAAAUACUGUGCGAAUACAAAAGGCAAUUUGUUCAGGUUUCUUCCGAAAUGCCGCAAAAAAAGAUCCCCAAGAAGGUUAUAGAACUUUGGUUGACUCACAAGUUGUGUAUAUUCAUCCUUCAAGUGCGCUAUUCAAUCGACAACCCGAAUGGGUUGUUUAUCAUGAACUUGUUCAGACAACCAAGGAGUACAUGCGCGAAGUGACCACAAUUGAUCCGAAGUGGCUCGUUGAAUUUGCUUCCUCAUUCUUUAGAUUCUCCGAUCCGACUAAGCUUAGUAAGUUUAAGAAAAAUCAACGUCUUGAACCGUUGUAUAAUAAAUAUGAAGAACCAAACGCAUGGAGAAUAUCAAGAGUUCGUCGGAGAAGAAAUUAAAGUGUUUAAAUGUGAAAUUGACAUUUUAUUGAUUCUAAUUGAUUAAAAAUUUUAAAUAGAAACGAAACGCAUAGAUACAUACAUUAUGUAAGUUGAAACAGAAAAUUGUAUUUGUUUUAUUUAUUUGCAAUACAAAAAUUUUUCUGAUUAGAUAAAAAUUAACAAAUAAAAAAGAAGUUUGGCAAGGACUUUGCCAUGCUAACGCAAAA